UAUAGAAGUUUCUAAAAGUCGAAAAUGUAAUAAUCGUACAUUUAGUAUGACGCACUCAUUGUGCGCCAUUUUCAGCGGCUCCACGUGACGUUGAAAUAGCCAUUCGCGCUCCUCCUCUACAUGAGUGCAACGAAGAUGGCGCAGGACGGCAAGGUGCCCAGCGAUCUCUAUCAGCAUGUGUACUCGUUUCUCGUGGAGAAUAAGUUCGCCAAAGCUGCGAAAGAGUUUUUAAAGCAGGCUAAAGUGAAACCCCAGGACCAAAAUGAGGACAAUCUCCUGGACAUCUUCAAUUUCUGGGUGAAGUCCCCAGAAACCAAAAAGCGUAAAGCGGUCACCAGUGGCCCUGCGGCAGUAAACGGACCGUCAGCCAAGAAAGCAAAGAAAGAUGCAGAAAGCUCAAGUAGUGAAGACUCCAGCAGUGAGGAGGAAGCUGCAGCACCUGCUAAGAAAGCCGUACAAGUGAAAGCUACUGCUCCAAAGAAGCCUGUAGCUGCUAAAGAGAGCAGCAGCUCUGAAGACUCCAGUGACUCUGAGGAUGAAGCUCCGGCUAAAACAGCUGCAAAGAAACCUGUAGCUGUGAAACCUGUGGCAGCAGCCAGGAAGAAAGACACCAGUUCCAGCAGUGAGGAGUCCGACUCUGAUGACGAGCCUGCCAAAACUCCAGCAAGAGGGGCCAAGCCUGUGGCAGGGACCCCUAAGUCGGUGUCCACUCCAGCAGCUGCAGUUCAGAAGAAGCAGGAGAGUAGCAGCAGUGAGGACAGCUCGAGUGAAUCUGAGGACGAGGCUCCAGCUAAGAGAGCAGUAAAAGCAGCAGUUCCGGUGAAGACCCCUCCAGCCAAACCUGCGGCCACUGCGAAGUCCAGUAGCGAGGAGUCAUCCUCAGAUGAAGAAGAUGCCCCUCCUACAAAGAAAGCCAAGACUGGACGAUUCAGUGCCGUCCCGCCCCCUGGAACACUGACAUCUCGUGCUCCAGUCAAAGCCCCCGCAGCCCCAGUUAAGGCUGUGACUCCCAAAGCUACUGCUAAGAAGGACUCCUCCAGUUCUGACAGCUCUGAUUCAAGUUCAGAGGAUGAAGCAAAGAAGCCAGCAGCCAAAGCUGCACCGGUUAAAGCAGCCCCAGCUAAGAAAGCACCUACAAAGGUUGCUCCUGCUCAGAAAAAGGACUCUUCAAGUUCAGAUUCUUCAAGCUCCGAGGAUGAAGCAGCGAAGCCAGCUGUCAAAGUCACACCUGCAAAAGCUGCAUCUGCUAAAUCUACACCUGCUAAAGUCACUCCAGCUGCAGAUGAGUCUUCAUCUUCUAGCUCUGAAGACUCUGACGACUCUGACGAUGAGGAGGAGGCCAAGAAACCAGCAGCUAAAGUUGUCCCGGUCAAACCUGCGCCAGCCAAGAAAAUGCCAGCUAAAGUCACGCCUGCUGCAAAAGAAUCUUCAUCUAGCUCAGAGUCUGAGGAUGACGAACCGGCCACAAAACCUACUCCAGCCAAGGCAACCCCUGCUAAAGCUGCUCCUCCAAAGACAACUCCUGCUAAGAAAGAUGAUUCCUCAAGUUCAGAUUCAGACAGCUCUGAAGAUGAGGCACCAGCUAAACCAGCAGCCACGUCCAAGCCUUUGAGCACUCCUCAAAAGAAACCUGCCACCACACCGGUAUCCAAACUUGCAAAACCUGCCCCAGCCAAACCAACCAAUAAACCAGUGGAAAGCAGCUCUGACUCAGACAGCUCUUCAGAUGAAGAUGAGGAACCUCAAAAGAAAGCCGCCACCACCACACCGGUAUCCAAACCUGUGGCUACCUCAGCUAAAUCUACCCCUGCAGCUAAAUCUACCCCUGCAGCUAAAUCUACCCCUGCAGCUAAAGCAGCUGAGAGUAGUUCUGAUUCAGACAGCUCAUCAGAUGAAGAACCUCAAAAGAAAGCUGCCACCACACCGGUAUCCAAACCUGGUACCCCAGCUAAAUCUACCCCUGCAGCUAAAUCUACCCCUGCAGCUAAAGCAGCUGAGAGUAGUUCUGAUUCAGACAGCUCAUCAGAUGAAGAACCUCAAAAGAAAGCUGCCACCACACCAGUAUCCAAACGUGGUACCCCAGCUAAAUCUACCCCUGCAGCUAAAGCAGCUGAAAGUAGUUCUGAUUCAGACAGCUCAUCAGAUGAGGAACCGCAAAAGAAAGCCGCCACCACACCGGUAUCCAAACCUGUGGCUACCUCAGCUAAAUCUACCCCUGCAGCUAAAUCUACCCCUGCAGCUAAAGCAGCUGAAAGUAGUUCUGAUUCAGACAGCUCAUCAGAUGAGGAACCGCAAAAGAAAGCUGCCACCACACCGGUAUCCAAACCUGGUACCCCAGCUAAACCCGCAGCUAAACCUGCAGCUAAACCAGCUGGGAGCAGUUCUGACUCGGAAACUGACAGCUCUGACUCGGAGGACGAGACUCCAGCUGCCAAGACCCCUAAACCAGCAGCAGCUAAGACCCUUAAACCUACUAAGAGCCCUGCUUCUGCUGCCAAACCACCUGCUCCAACCAAUAAGGCCACAGCUGAGUCCAGCAGCAGUGAUUCGGACAGUUCCAGUGAAGAUGAGAAGCAAGUAAAGACUACUGUGACACCCAAAGCAGCAGCAGCUAAGCCAGCUGUGACUCCAGUUAGCGCAAAGAAAGCUGAGAGCAGUAGCUCAGAUUCAUCGGACAGCUCAGACUCUGAGACGGAAGCUAAGAAGACACCCGCCAAGCCUGCAGUUGCCAAUGGAAAGGCUACGACACGAACCCCCACCUCUGCAGCGAAGACCCCGGCCAAAAAGACAGCAGAGUCUUCAUCCUCCAGUGACAGCAGUUCUGAUGAAGAGGAGCAGUCUAAAACUCCGGCUGUGAAAACGCCACCUGCUACAAAAAAACAGGCUGCCAAAGCAGACAGCAGCUCUUCUGAGGACUCUUCAUCUGAGGAAGAGGAAGCGACCAAGACUCCUGUCACUUCUGCAACAAACGGCACACAGGGUAAAAGAAAAAGGAAUGAGGAAAAGACAACACCCAAGAAUAAAAAAAUCACCACGUCCACACCUCAGACAUUUCCCAAAGUCAGUCAGAAGGAAAGCAAUGCUCCUUUCCGUAGAGUAAGAGACGACGAGAUUGAGGUGGACCCCCGACUGGCAGACAAUUCAUUCGAAGCAAAGAUGGGAGCCAAUGGAGACUGGGGCCAGAAAGCCAACAGUGUGCUUAAAUUUACCAAGGGCAAAUCUUUCCGACAUGAGAAGACCAAGAAGAAGCGUGGCAGUUACUGCGGUGGUGCCAUCUCCACCACAGUGAACUCCAUAAAAUUUGACAGUGAAUGAGAUCACAAUCUAAAUGAAUUUCAGAACUUUCCCCAUCUGUAUCCCCCGUUCAUUGCUGUAUCAGCUCCAGCAAGCACUGUUUUGACCCAUCUACCCUCCCUUCCUGCACGACGUACUGACACUGUUCUGCCAGCAUUGAUUGAAGAGGGCAGGAAUGGGGGGGCUGGUGAGGUGUACGGUUGUCAUUAUCUUCUACAUUGUCCUUCAUGCAGUUAGACAUGGCGACCACAUGGUGGCGUCAAUUCAUUGAGUUUUGCAAUAGAAAAUGUUUUGAUGAGCUUAAGUAAAAUCAUUUUGGCUUUACUGUAAAUGUUUCUAGAAGUUGGUUUUGACAAAUUAUGUAUGGUUGUCCUAACAGGUAAUUGUUUAUAUACUAGAAAUGACAUUAACUUUUUUUUUCCUUCUUCUUUUUUACGCAUCUUAAAGAAAUGUCAUUGUUAUGAUUACGUUAUGAGCCUAUCCAUGUAUCUUGAGCCUGGUGAUUGUCCCAUUUGAAGAAGCCAUGUAGUUAUGACUCCGCCCACUUCAGUUUGAUGGAUACUGGAAGACCACCCUUAAAAUAACAAGUCAUCCUCAUUCAAUUUUAGUUUUGAUAUUUUAUGGUUUCACUUCUGUUAUGCAGAAUUUUGUAAUUUGGUCUCCCUUAUAAUCAGUCUUAUAACUGUAAUUAAAACUUUGACUGAAACUCU